CACCAAGCUCACACAACAAACACUCGCAAUGCUCCAUCAAAAUGGUUAAAUGUGGUCUCUACGGCGUGAUCUCAACGCCAACAAACUGAUUGAGGCUCAAAGGUCCGUGCUCAAAUUCAUGAUCAGCUCAUAACAAAAAAUUCAGGCAAUUCAGGGAAAUGAAGGUGUUGUCGGUGAUACCUCAUGGGAGUAGACAUUAUGUAGUUAAUGCGACGAUUAAUUCAUCAUAUUUGUGGUCGGAAUGCAUAGUCCUUUGUUUGACAAAAAAUAUGCGUCUGCAAGACACUACUAAUCCAUCAUAUUCUUAUGAUUUGAAUGUCUUUUCAAAUUGGACUGCCAACAUUGGUGACAAUGUUGCGGGUGAAAGUAACGAUGGUCAUGUUCGUAUUUCCAUUACUGAAGAUCUAUUGAUACAAACAGAUGGAGAUCAUAUAGCUGCAAUAUUGAAAGCAUAUUUCCGUAAUAUGUUGAAUCUGCAGGCGAUAUGGGUUGUUUGCGCGACCGUGCAAUUUUGACACUGACACUGGCUGUGGUUGAAACUGUUAAUGACUA